UGUGACGACGUGGCUGCAGCUCUCGGAUCUGUGUCACCUUCACUGAAAGUGUGACUGUCCUCACAGCGCUCGGCUGAUGAACAGUGCAGUGUUCAAGCCAUGAGUCAGCUCCGAAUGUUGGCGAGUUUGCUGAGGGGUGGAUGUGCCGGGAGGAACCAGUGGUUCCGAGGGUGUGGAGGUGUCCCUGUCAGACGCUGCUGGGCCGACCCCAGCAGGAGAGGCUGCUCCUCGUCUGGCUCUGCGCCUGUUCCGUCAGCGCUGGCCAGUAGCUCCAGCUAUGUGGAGGAGAUGUACUAUGCCUGGCUGGAUGAUCAUAAAAAUGUCCACGAGUCUUGGGACGCCUUUUUCCGUAACAUCCAGGCCUCCAGCCCGCCUGGUGAGGCGGAGGAGAGACGCCCCUCCACUCUGCUCCGCGGCCGAGUCCUGUCCCACUCUCCUGGCACGGCACAGAAAGUGGUGGAGGACCACCUGGCUGUGCACAAUCUCAUUAGAGCUUACCAGGUUCGCGGUCACUACGCCGCCCACUUAGACCCUCUGGGAAUCCUGGACACUGACCUGGACUCCUUCGUACCCUCUGACCUGAUCACCACCAUCGAUAAAUUAGGUUUUUAUGGUUUCGAUGAGUCUGACAUGGAUAGGACCUUCCAGCUGCCGCCGACCACCUUCAUCGGAGGAGACAACACCACUCUUCCCCUGAGAGAAAUCAUUCGCAGACUUGAGUCGUCGUACUGCCGUCACAUAGGAGUGGAGUUCAUGUUCAUUAACAACGUGGACCAGCGUCAGUGGAUCCGCCAGAGAUUCGAGACACCGGGGAUCAUGCAGUUCACCAACGUCGAGAAGAGAAAUCUUCUCGCCCGCCUGGUCAGAUCCACACGGUUUGAGGACUUCCUGGCCAGGAAGUGGUCAUCAGAGAAGCGUUUUGGUCUGGAAGGCUGUGAAGUUCUAAUCCCUGCUCUGAAAACCAUCAUUGACACGUCGAGUGCUGCCGGAAUCGACAGCGUGAUCAUGGGGAUGCCUCAUCGAGGUCGACUGAACGUCCUUGCGAAUGUGAUCCGUAAAGACCUCGACCAGAUUUUCUGUCAGUUCGACCCAAAGUUGGAGGCAGCUGAUGAGGGUUCGGGCGAUGUCAAAUACCACCUUGGGAUGUACCAUGAGAGGAUUAACCGUGGGACGGACAAGCACAUCACGCUGUCGCUCAUGGCAAACCCCUCCCACCUGGAGGCGGUGGACCCAGUUGUUCAGGGAAAAGCCAAAGCUGAGCAAUUCUACAGAGGAGACACUCGGGGAAAGAGGGUCAUGUCCAUCUUGAUGCAUGGAGAUGCUGCUUUUGCUGGACAAGGAGUUGUGUAUGAGACCUUUCAUUUAAGUGAGCUCCCCUCCUACACAACACAUGGUACAAUCCAUGUGGUGGUCAAUAACCAGAUUGGCUUUACCACGGAUCCCCGGGUGGCGCGCUCCUCUCACUACCCCACCGAUGUGGCUCGGGUGGUCAACGCGCCCAUCUUCCACGUGAACGCCGAUGACCCCGAGGCCGUCAUGUACGUGUGCCGUGUUGCUGCAGAGUGGAGGACCACCUUCAACAAGGACGUCGUCAUUGACCUGGUUUGUUACAGACGUUUUGGCCAUAACGAGAUGGACGAGCCCAUGUUCACGCAGCCGCUGAUGUACAAACAGAUCAAUCGGCAGGUGCAUGUGCUGAAAAAGUAUUCCGACAAGCUCAUCGCCGACAGAGUGGUGACACUGCAGGAAUUUGAGGAAGAAGUUGCCAAAUAUGACAAGAUAUGUGAAGAGGCAUAUACCAGCUCCAAGGAUGAAAAGAUCUUGCACAUUCGACACUGGCUCGACUCCCCUUGGCCAGAUUUUUUCACAGCACAGGGAGAGCCGAAGAGCAUGAGCUACGUCUCCACGGGCCUGGAGGAGGAAGUUCUGCAGCACAUUGGCCAAACUGCCAGCUCAGUUCCUCUUCAAGAUUUUAGGAUCCAUCCUGGUGUGUCUCGUAUCCUGCGGGGUCGAGAAGACCUGGUGAAGAGUCGUCAGCUGGACUGGGCUCUCGGAGAGUACAUGGCCUUUGGUUCUCUGCUCAAAGACGGCAUCCACGUACGACUCAGUGGGCAGGACGUAGAGCGGGGCACCUUCAGUCACCGUCAUCAUGUUCUGCACGACCAGGAGGUCGACAAACGUACCUGUGUUCCCAUGAACCACCUGUGGACCAAUCAGGCUCCUUACACUGUCUGUAACAGCUCCUUAUCAGAGUACGGAGUGUUAGGUUUUGAGCUUGGUUUUGCCAUGGCCAGUCCAAACGCUCUGAUCCUAUGGGAGGCCCAGUUCGGUGACUUUAACAACACAGCACAGUGUAUCAUUGACCAGUUUAUCAGCUCGGGUCAGGCGAAGUGGGUCCGCAACAAUGGUAUUGUCCUCCUGCUGCCACAUGGGAUGGAGGGAAUGGGUCCAGAACAUUCGUCUGCUCGACCUGAGCGCUUUCUGCAGAUGAGCAAAGACGACCCCGAUCACUUCCCUGAGUUAACAGGAGACUUUGAAGUCCAGCAGCUGUACGACUGCAACUGGAUUGUGGUCAACUGUUCCACGCCUGCCAACUACUGUCAUGUGCUCAGGCGACAGAUUCUGCUGCCAUUCAGAAAACCGCUGAUUAUUUUUACUCCGAAAUCCCUGCUGAGGCAUCCAGAUGCAAGAUCUAGUUUUGACCAUCUCGCCAAAGGGACUAAAUUCAAGAGGCUAAUUCCCGAUGAGGGUCCUGCAAGUCAAAGCCCAGGUCAGGUGAAGAGGGUGAUCUUCUGCACUGGUAAAAUCUACUAUGAGCUGGCUAAAGAGAGGAAACGGCAGAACAUGGAGAACGACAUCGCCAUCACCAGACUUGAACAGAUUUCUCCUUUCCCUUUUGACCUGGUCAGAGCGGAGGCUGAGAAAUACGCCAACGCUGAGCUGGUCUGGUGUCAGGAGGAGCACAAAAACAUGGGUUACUACGAUUAUGUCCGUCCACGUUUCCUCACAGUGGUGGCCAACAAGAAGCCCGUGUGGUAUGUGGGACGCGACCCCGCAGCUGCGCCCGCGACCGGUAACAAGUCGACUCACCUCAAUGAGCUGAAGAGGUUCAUGGACACUGCUUUCAACCUGAGCGCCUUCACGGGCAAGGACAAGCAGUGAGAAGUAGACAUGAGGUGCGGUUUCAUCUCCAACCACCAAACUGUCAUUAUUUAGUGGUUUAAGCCUCACGUAGAAUUGUGAUAAUCAGUGAGCAAUGGCGUUUAAACACCUGAUAACCUUAUAUGAGAUAAGUUGGCAAGUAUGAUAUAUAUUAAGUUAUUUUUACUAUGGUCAAUGUACCAAUACAAAAAUGCCAUAUCCCAAAACUUCUACAAGAACUAAAGCAUUUUUGGGACGUCAUGUAUUGGAAGAAUCUGCACUUUAAUCAAUCCACAAUAAUCAGCGUAGGUAGAAGGGUUUUUGCACCCUACAGUGUUUAAAUAGGCUGUUAAGUGUUGGCCAAAGACAAACGGGCUAAAUCUCCUAACAUCCGCAUUUCAAAAAUAAGUUCCUUAAAAAAUAUUGUUAAAGAGUGUUUAAAGUAGCAACAGUGCCCUUUAACAUCACUUUACCACUAACAAUUACAUUUGUGACAAUGACUUUUUGUAGUAGCUUUAAUGCUGUAGAUCAGGUAUGUCCAAAGUCAAACUAUUAUUAUUAUUAUUAUUAUUAUUAUUAUUAUUAUUAUUAUUAUUAUUAUUAUUAUUAUUGUUAUUGUUUAUGGCCAGGGAUGGAGUGCGACAGAAAUUCAUCCCCAGUCCAUGUAUCAUCCUCAUUAGCCCCCAACUGGAGAUUUGCUUUGAAACCAGAGUCCCGGGUAGGAAAGAUUCAUGCAUUAAUCUCCUGUUACGAUUAAAAAUGAUAAUUGUGACGAAGAAAAUAAAAUGAUUAUAAAACCGUG